CUGACAGUAGUUUCAUAUCCCGCUCCUUUCUUUACAGCUGUGUUGGAACUGCGUGUCCCGGAGCAACCAGUGGUAGCGCUGCACGGAAGGGACGUCAUACUCAGCUGCUCCUUCAACCACUCCGGGCCUUUCAACCUGUCUGAUCUGAGCAUCUUCUGGCAGCUGACAGACACCAAGCGCAACGUUCAUGGGUACUGGGCGGCACGCGACCAGCUGGUGGACCAAGCAGAGGCGUUCACCAACCGCACCAGUUUAUUCCCCACUGAGCUGGCCCAGGGCAAUGCCUCCCUCCUGCUGAAAAAGGUGGUGGUGGCUGAUGAAGGCAGCUACAACUGCUUUGUGAGGGUGCAGAGCUACGAAAGCGCUGCUUUGUUUCUGCAGGUGGCCGCUCAAUACACCAAGCCUGUGUUGACUUUAGAGCCUGAAUCCAACCUGCGGCCCGGUGAUGAAGUGGUCCUGACUUGUUUGGCGUAUGGAGGUUAUCCAGAGUGCAGCGUUAUAUGGCGGGACGGGAGCAGCCGCAACCUGACGGACAACAUUACCACGUCAGUGGUGGCCAACGAAGAAGGACUAUUCAGCAUGACCAGCAUGCUGAGAGUAGUGCUGGAGCCGAACAGCACCUACAGCUGCCAUCUGAUCAACCCACUCCUCGGUGAGGAGGGCUUCGCCUUUGUCACAAUCACAGGUCAGAACAUCGCAUUCCCCCCAGUGGCUCUAUGGGUAACUGUUGGCCUGGCCGUGUGUUUGCUGGUGCUGCUCGUUGCUCUGGCUGCUGUUUGCCGGAGGAAGAUCAAGGAGAGCUGCGAGGAGGCCAGGAGAGAAGCUGAAGAGGCCAAGGAGCUAGAAGAAGACGAGUCAAAGACAGAUGCCAUUUACAUCUUCCUGCCAUACAACACCCACUACCACCACCACCCUCCCCUGAUCCCCCUUCUGUCAUGUAAUCUACACUCCUCUGACAGCACAGCCAGGGCCCGGUGGGAGAGCGCCUAUCCAUCUCACUACCCCAAUCUGCCUCCCCUCCAUGGCAAGGAGCCACAGCCAGACAUUAGAGGGGAGAAGGAGAAGAUGAGUCUGGCGGGUAGUCCCACGCCACCUAUCCAUCAACCUGGAGACUAUUUCCAGCGUAUCCUUGCAGAAUGUCAGAGCCUUGCUGAGCAGAAGAUGAGUCCAUCAUCUUCCCUCUUGGACUUUCCCUCGAGUUUCCAUCAAAACACGUAA